ACUCAAUGAUGAUUUUACGUUAUAGAGAAUCUCAUAAUUUAUCAUAGAGGUUACCAUUUCAUUUUGUGGAGAAGACAGGAGUAAUUUGGACUACAAAUUUAAGGAGAUAUAAAGAAACCAAGUAUAGUGUAUCUUACGCUAAAAACAAGAUAUUUUUAAGUUUAUUAGAUCCAUAUGUACUGAUGAGGAAAGCUGCUCUUCUGUAUUUCUUAGUUUCUCAAGAUAAAAUUAUAUUUCAUAAAUCUCUCAUGAGGACUAUAUCAAAUAUUCUAAAAGAAGCUUUUGAGAUACAAUGUGGCUUUUGGAAUUGGACAGGUCUUGUUGCUCUGUGUUCUAGACAGUAUGGCCUUGAACAAAUUACUCCUCCACAUUUAUAAAGUAAGCAUAAUAAUGCACACCACCAUGGGUGGCUAUGAAAUUCAAAUGAAGAAACGUGGUAGGUAGCCCUGGCACAUAGUGGGGCCUGGAUAAAUAUCAGUUCUUAGCUUCUUUAAAACUGUUGGAAGCUAGUAUCCAUGUGCUCUCAAAUACAACCAAACCUCUUUGUUUUAAGUUGUCAACAUAAGUGUUUUUACUUCUGUUUUCAAAAGACAUGUAUUCAAGUGAGUGGCUUAGAGCAUUCAUCUCAUGAGGGCAGCUUGGAGUAAGAGGACAUAGGAUAGUCUUGCACCUUGGCCUUCUUUCUUACAGAGAAACAAAACAUUGGUGAUUCUUGGGUUCUUGUCUCUCCUCUCUCUCUGAGGCUCUCUAUUUUUCAUUGAGAACUCCACCUUCUCUUAAGACUUGCAUUCCAACAUGGUAUCUCCAGUUUACUCUUCACUGCUAUAAAGCAGGGCCUUUUUUAGGGCACUUUUUAGAUCCAGCCAAGGACCAAGCCUUUCUUCAGCCAAAUGCAAAGUAGGGAAUGGAUCAUGCCUUGGUACCAGCCCUGCUCCUGUUGAUCCAGGACAUUACUUUUCAAGACUUUAAGCUUACAGAAAAAUAAAGUGUGAUGCCAUUUACAUGCUUAAGCUUCCUGACACCUGUGUUUAUUUAAAGGAACCGCCUCCAUGUCUGUACUCAAAACCUGAUGAUGCAUGCCCUCUAUAGAAGCAAGUACAGUGUUUUUACAGGAAAUUUUUAAUAGCAGGGAAAAACAAGAUCUUUUCCUCAAGUGGUUGACUAUUUCCCUCUGUAAUCUUAGAUACAGUUUAAGCCCUAUUUCUUUUAGGUAGUAUUUGUUAUAUUAGAUGUUGGAGGCUAAUAUCAGCUAAUAAAUAGAUCCAUGUGGCUUAUAUAUUGAAUUAAACUGAAGAGAAUUGCUAGCAUGUCUGCUCUUAGGAUACAGUAGUAUGAAGUGGCAGCUACAUAAAACUGAUUACUGUGAUGGCCUCUGCAUAAAAAGAGAAGGCCUCAUGCAACUCAAUAGUCAUAUCAGCAAAAUAACAUGUAUAUCCUUGUCAAGAGAGAAAACAGGGUUGAAAAUGUCAGAAUGAAGACGUAAUACUCAAGUUUUCUAGGGCAGAUUGUUGGGUUGGUCAUUCUCUGGCAAAAACGAAGCAAAACAAAACCCAAAGGAAAGAAUUUUAGAUUUAAUGCCUAAAGAAAUGGCAUUCCCUCAAAAUAAAGAACAUCCGCAUAAACUGACUUAAGUUGCAAUGAUGGGGGUCAUUGAGAACACUCCAUAGAGCAACUCCUGUGGCUUUCUGUUAGAGUUUCACCUUGCAAUUGUAACUUUCAUAUAAUUCAACUUGAGAGAAAGAGAGAGAGAGAAUUCCCUUCACUUUCUAAAUCAUGGCUCAGAAGUGUGUUAUAAAACACCAAGAACGGAAAAGCUAUUACGUGGAAUAUAAAGAAAUACUUGAGUCUAUAAUAUCAUUGAACUCUUGGAUUCAGUUUCAGCAGACAUGCUCUGUAUUCCCACAAGAGUCUGGAAAAUGAACUCCUAUUUUUUUUUUCUGUCUGGAGCUGCAGUUAGUGUUAUUAUUUGCUCCAUGGCUCAAUCCGGGUCAGACUGUUCUUCAGUAACACAGGUGGAUGUUAAUACAGGGAAUCUGUUGAAAAGAUUGUGGAGGAACUGCUUCCCAGAAGCAGUUCUAAGAUGGCAAUUUGAUGGCAGUCAGCUAUGGUUGACAUGAUGAAAGAAGCAUUGGAAAAACUUCAGCUCAAUAUAGUAGAGAUGAAAGAUGAAAAUGCAACCUUAGAUGGUGGAGAUGUUUUAUUCACAGGCAGAGAAUUUUUUGUGGGCCUUUCCAAAAGGACAAAUCAACGAGGUGCUGAAAUCUUGGCUGAUACUUUUAAGGACUAUGCAGUCUCCACAGUGCCGGUAGCAGAUGGCUUGCAUUUGAAGAGUUUCUGCAGCAUGGCUGGGCCUAACCUGAUCGCAAUUGGGUCUAGUGAAUCUGCACAGAAGGCCCUUAAGAUCAUGCAACAGAUGAGUGAUCACCGCUACGACAAACUCACUGUGCCUGAUGAUACAGCAGCAAACUGUUUAUAUCUAAAUAUCCCCAACAAAGGGCACGUCUUGCUGCACCGAACCCCAGAAGAGUAUCCAGAAAGUGCAAAGGUUUAUGAGAAACUGAAGGACCAUAUGCUGAUCCCUGUGAGCAUGUCUGAACUGGAAAAGGUGGACGGGCUGCUCACCUGCUGCUCAGUUUUAAUUAACAAGAAGGUAGACUCCUGAGCUGCAGAGUCACCCCUGGUAGCCGGCAAGACCGCACAGGCAAGGCUGAUGACUCUGUGCCCACUCCCGUUGUUUUCCUUGACAAUCUACUGUGCCACUGUGCUACUAACUCUUGUUUACAAAAUUUGAUUCUAAGUUGAAUUGCUUCAUUCAGCACCCCCACCCUCCCUCCCCUCACGGUGGUACCUAAGCUGUGGAUUUGCUAAAUGAAUUAAGCAACCUAGAAGAUACAGAGCUAAUGAAUUAUCAAAUGUGAUUAAGCAUAGUAAGAAAACACUCAUUUAGUGUUUGUAUUAUUGGUGUGAAAAUUGUUUAGUUGCCAAUAUAUUCUGAAGAAUGUCUUCUUGAUCAGUCAGAUAAGCUUGUUUUUUUUUCCCUCUAUAUCAUGAAUCAUGUUGGGUUCCUGUGAAAUUCCCUGGUCCAGCAAUCCUCCUUUCUUUUUUACUUCUGAAUUCUGAAAACUUUUUAUCCAGUUAGUUACUUUUGCCUCUCUCUCUUCUAUCACAGCCACCUUGACCUUGGGUAAAACCCAAGGUCCUUCCUUCUGGCUGCCUUCCUGCAGGUCCACCCUGUCUGCCAUUGGUCUCUUCUGCCUCUGACUACAUCUGCCACUAACAGCCCUCCCCCAACCCCCACCAGGGGAAGACAGGCUCCUCAGCAGAACUGUGACCAAAAUCAGAGCUGCCCUCUGAGGCAGUGUUAACUACACACAGGCACAUCCUGACAGGGUUUGCCCCAGAGAUCUAAAUUCCAGAAGUAGGGCACCACACCUAGGCAGGUAAAUCUAAUAUCAGAAGGUUGCUAAGAGAUUAAAGAUCAGAGGCUUGGAAACAUCCCAUGGCUGCAAUGUCUUAGAAAAUCUUUAAGUCGCAUACCAUGAAUUUUUGCUUCAUUACUGACCAUAUAUGACCUUGGAGGAACUCUUUUUUUUUUUCCUUCAACUCAUUUCUGUUUCCAACUACCCUGACUCACCCAUUUCCAGUCGUCAACCCCUUGCAGUUAUCCUGGUCUAGCAAAGUCAUUUCUUUCAAAAGAGACAUCAUGUCUAAAAAUGACUACUGGUAGUCUAGUAUGAGGCAGAGUAAAUAGGUCCUCAUCAAUGAACGUGUUCAGGAAGCGAUGGCCUUGACGCUUGAAACCAACCCCAGACAAUGGACAAUUCUCCUUGGAAAUGCCAUGAAUAUUUACUGUGGAAUCCAAUUUAAAUUUCUUUCUUCUCUAGCCUUUAAAUUACACAACUUUCAACUGACAUGGGUCUCUUACAAAGAACAAUGCAGCACUGAAGGAAGAGAUGAUUCCUUUACUCAAACCUGCAGGAAUCAGCCUAUUAACAGGUUGGGGAAACGGUACUUUCCAAGGAAUGGUAACUGAUCCAGGCACGUUAUCACACUUCCUAGUCAUCUCCACCUUUCCUGUAUUGCUGUGGCUUGUUUAAGAAUCAGAGAGAUUAAGAAAUAUCAUUUCAGGUCUUGCUCUGCUAACCUCUAUAUUGGCAGAGAAAUAUUCCUUAUGUUGGUGACCUGAAGAGAAUUACUUUCAUUCAUUUCCCCCAUAGCAAAUGGAAGUGAGAAAAACCUCUGAGAAAAUGAAGACAUCCUUAACCACUAUCUUUCUUAUUUGAGGAUUUUAUGCCAGAAAUUUGCAAAAGCUUUUUUCUCCUCCUUCUCUUGUUGCUUAACUUUUUAAUUCAUACCACAUGCAAAUAUCCAAUUAUGUACAUCCUGUGAAUAAACCACGUCUUGGUCACUGUCAUAUUUUGAACCAUCUCAUCAGCGAUGAAUAAUCUCUUUUUACCAGAGAGAGAAUGAAUGUUAGCCACAUGCCCAAGUUAACAAAGAAAAAAUGUUCUCAGCAGUUAAGGUUGCCCUUUGGGUUUAAAUCUGGCCCUACAUUGGCAAAAGCAAAAAUUCUCCCUAUGAGAGCUCAACAUAAUCAAAAACAACCACAGGAAAAAUGACCCAAUCAGCCAGUUCAGGCUUACUGGCAUAUAAUUUUUAAUAUCUUUACUUCUAUCAUCUCAAAUCAAAGCACUCUUCUCUAUUAUGUUUAAUCAAUUGCAAGUGAAUAGAUUUUUUUUUUGUAACAAAUUGUUCUGUUUUUCACUUUUCCUUUCUUUUGCUUCUUUCUGUCUUUCCUUCUCUUUGGAGAAAUCACUUAGACUCUGUGUGCCUCCUCUACAGUGCAUUCUGCUCUGAUACGUUACAUGCUAGGCUGGCUUCUUUGGACUCCCUAUGUGAUUGAUGAUGUGAAAACCUAAAUUACUGGCAGCAUAUUACUUCUUUGACGUUCUAAUUAGCAUAAUGUUAUUUUUGAAAAGGAAAUAUACUAUCACAUACGUUUUCCUCUUGUCCAUUGUGAUAGACAACGAUGGAUCUGGCAAAGAUCACUAACAUAAACUGCUUUUUGACAUUAAAAGACAUGAGAAAUUAUAUUUAAGUAAAAGUUAAGUCAGAAUUACUUGGGUGAUGCGAUUCAAUUUAGUUAAAGGAUGAUACAUAGAAAAUACAUUAUUUAGCAUUAUUUCUUCAGCUAUAAUGAAUUACUGUAGAAAUCAGGCAGAUCUUUCUAAUGUGCAUUGAUUGGUCUUCUCAGCUGCUGUGAACAGAUGACUAAGGCCAUCUCCUCAUCUCUGAGGGAGAAAAAUAGUCUGUAGAUGAAUAAUGUAAGGUAAAGAGUUGCAUGUCAGUCUUUGUAAUUAUUUACCCUUUAACAUUCUCCAGAACUCAGACGUGAUUUCAACAUGGUGUUAAGAUUUGUGCAUUUUAUUUUCCUGACCACCUCAUUCCAGCCAAUGUAUAGUUAUUCGCUCUGUGUGCCAAAACCAAUCAUGCCUUUCACGGCCCUUUAGUUCAGAGAAGUUCUGCACUGAUUUUUAGUCUCUUGCCGUCUCAGUCUUACAUGUAUACCAAUCACAAUGGAAUAAAGUGUGAGUUGUACUGUGA